AUGCGGGUCGGUCAGGAAACCUUUGCUGAUCGUCUCUCAGCAAUAACAAGCAACUUUCCCAUCUCAACGUGGUCGUGGACAAGCGUGUCAACGACAGAGCCUUCAUCUAUCUCUAGGAGCAAGCUACCGCUCACGGCUUCACACCUUGAAACUUGGCGUCAGCUGGCAUUAUACGAGGACACCAUGUCCAGCGGCAACGUGGAACUCCUGGGCGACAAUGUGGAAAUCCUCGACUACGAACCCGAGGGCGAGGCUCCCACCGCAGAGCAGUUUCCAGCGGCGGGUGCAGAAGACGAGAGCCCCCCCAUGUCCAUGGUGUUCACCGUCGAUGAUUUGCUGGACAACAUCGCCACAGCAGAUCCGGCGGAACUGGAGCGGGCCUACAACACCGGACGUGUCUCUCUGGAGGAUAUCGUAGAAGCGGCCCAUCUGUCGUCCGAUUCCCCCCUUUUCGUUCCUCCUUUCUCGCUCCCGCCGGAAGACAGAUUAAUCCUCUUGCCCCACGACGAGUUUAUGGCGUACCAAAGGUUGAACGAGAUGUGGUGCGACGGUCUUGCCGGGAAGAUAGCAGAGGCGGAGGCGCGAGAGCAGGCGAAGCGCGAGGACGCGGAGCGCUUGGCGGAACGGGAGGCUGCUCUGGCCGCUGCGGCGAGGAAGCAGGAGGAGGAGCGUGAGGCUGUUCGGGCUGCUGCGGCGAGGAAGCAGGAGGAGGAACGUGAGGCUGCUCUGGCUGCUGCGGCGAGGAAGCAGGAGGAGGAGCGUGCGGCUGUUCUGGCGGAGCGUGAGGCGUAUCUCCAAGCGGCUAGGGCGAAGCAGGGGGCGCUCCGAUCGCGGCUGAAGGAGCUGGAGCCCCGCCACCAGGACCCGCGAGCAGCCCCCCACCCCCGUCGCCGUGUUAUCGUCCCCCCCCCCACGCAAUCCCAGGUGCACCUUGGUUCCCAUCGUACCGCCUCGCCGCACGAGAAGGAGCGCGAGGUGGCGGCGUCUCCGACGAACGAGCAGGAGCGGAAGAGGACAGCGACUCCGGAGUUUUCGGUGACUUUGGGUCUUCCGGCUGGUGCUGAAGACGGGGCAUCGUUUGCGGCGGCAACCACGGUGUACGAGUUCCACGUGGGAGAUACAGCGUUCCUGUCCCGCCCGCUAGAGAUGCCUGCAGAAGGUGUCACCUUCCACGACGAAGAUAAAUUGGCAGCUCUUUUUGCAUGGGCUGGCAUCAAACAACUUGUCCGUGCACAAUUCCCCCCACCGCACACCGUUGCUUUCGGGCACAUCUACCACACCCCGUACCUCGCGAAACUUCCGCCUUCUUCGCGGCAGUCCGUGUUCCAGCUGUUGUUCGCUCUCCGUCGUGCCACCUUUCAUGAAGGUCCUCAAGGAACGUCGGUGGUGACCCAGGAGGGAGGACUCCAGCUGCCUCUUGCUCGUGCUGCUUCGACCAACGACUUCAAGCACGAUCUACAAGCCCCCCGGCAGGCCUCUUCACGCCCUGCACAUGGUUCUGGAGAGGACAAGGAUUUCAGUAGGUCGGCGGCUCCGGUGUCCAAGAGCUGGAAGAACCGUUGGGGCGACCGGGAUUCGACGGCCAAGAGCGGGACGGACGACCACCACCGCUUCACCCAGUCUUCGCGAGGGCGCGGCGUCGGAGAUAACAGGCGAGGGCGAACCGUGGGGAACCAGCCUACGAGGUCUUCGCCGGCGAGUCGCCAUCGCCGGAGCAGGAGUCGGAGCGCAGAGCGACAACAGCGCACCAAUCCUUCGUCUAGGCGUGGGCGCAGCCGGAGCGGAGACCGUCGUGGGAGAAACACGCCUCCGUCUAGGCGUAGCCGCAGCCGGAGCCAGAACCAGAGCGGGGGCAAUAGCAGGGCGACCAGCACUGACAGCAGUCGCGGUGGAAAAGGGAGACGGAGGUCAGGCCACGGUAACAGGCAAGUGAUGUAGAAAACCAUCUGCGCAAGGAACCGGCAGGGCCCUCGACGUACGCCUUCUUCAUCCAGA